AUGUCUUUUCUCUUUUCGUUUUAUGCCGUCUCCAUUUGCCUGUACUAUAUUCCUGGGACGGCACCAAGCUUUUCACAAGCUGGAAUUGGAAACGCCACCUUGAAGUGCAGGUUCACGAAGGCUUCCGACGAAACAUGGCACCAAUGCGAUUGUGUCCCAGUGGGAAACGACGGUUCUGUGCAUGUGAUCUGCCGACGAAUGUUGGCCUCUACAAUACCGUCACUGCCGCUAGUCGACUAUCAACCACAACCUCCAGCAAGUAUCGUAGCUUUGUCAAUGACCGAAGGAGGACUGGCAUUUGUACAGCAGGACGCCUUUCGGAUGCACGAUAUACAGGCACUUGACUUCACUAACAACCAGAUUCAAACAGUAAAUGUAAAUGCGUUCCGUGGACUCGAGAUGAAAUUGACUCAUCUGAGUUUUAAACAAAACAAUCUGUCAGUCAUUCCAUCGUGGGCAUUGACGUAUUUACAUCAUUUGCAAGUGCUAAGACUCGACGGAAACCGAAUCAGCCAUAUCCGACCGAACACUUUCGAUGAAACUCAACUCAAUAACCUUCACUUCCUUCAUUUAGAUAACAAUCAGAUAACCAUCAUUCCAAACAUGGCUUUUGCCAGACUAAGACUCAUCGUCCUCACCUUGUCAAACAAUCGUAUAACACAUCUGGAAAAGCUAUCUCUUCCACCUUCGUUGAGUAUACUCGAACUGAGGAAUAACCUUCUUACACAGAUCCCUUACCUGGCUUUGAAGGACAAAACGGCGCUACAAGUUUUGGACCUUGACUCAAACAAUAUCUCAUCCCUCGAGUAUAACCCUGAAGUGCAAUUCAAAACCGAGCUCAGACUCGUUCUACGUAAUAACAAAAUCCGAACACUAACAACAACGUCACUGAAAAGCUUCAGGAAGUUCAAGGAGCUCGAUCUGAGUUAUAAUCAAAUAUCCAGUAUAUCAUCAAGUGCAUUUGAAAGUAUCAGCUAUGUGAAAGCUCUCGACCUCAGUUACAAUACUCUUGCUUAUAUUGCUCGUGGAACCUUCAAAAACUUGGCAAAAAAUCUCGAACGACUCAAUAUCGAAGAGAACAUCUUCCAUGCGGUUCCAGCGGCUCUCAGUGACCUCAGGAAUUUGACACAUUUGAGCAUGAACGGAAAUAAACUGACCAAGGUGGAAGCAGAGCCUUUUGAAGGACUGAAAGAGGUGCUUGUCGAUCUAUCACUUGCCUACAACCGUCUAAAAGUCGUUCCAAGAGCAGCUCUCAACGGGAUGGUCCGUUUGGAACAUUUGGAUUUGUCAAAGAACAGCAUCAAACAGCUUGAUCGAUCAGCAUUUGGCACAUUUGAUGGCAAAGCUUCGAGUUUGGUGCAUCUAAACCUCGCGGGAAACCAUCUGAAGUCCAUCGACGAUCCAGAGGUCUUUCUACGGAUGACAUCGCUGGCAUAUCUGGACCUAUCCUAUAACAAGCUCGAACACAUCGACCCCAUGACUUUUGAGAAGCUACCAGGAUUGGAACGACUGUACCUACAGAACAACAAACUUCGAAAAUACCCUCUGCAUACGCAGCAUCGAAUGCAGAAUCUCCGACAACUAAAUUUGGACAACAACCUAAUUGACGAACUACCGGAUCAUAUUCUCUAUACUACACAACGUUUAGAACACUUGUCCUUAGCAGGCAAUCGAAUAGAAUCCAUUGGUGACAACAUCUUUCACUCGAGUAGCUCGAAAGGACUUAAGUCCCUGAAUCUUGCCGGAAAUCGAAUUUCGAGCAUUUCGAAGAGGGCAUUCCAAUUGAUGGAAAAUCUCCAAGUUCUCAAGCUCAACAACAACCGCCUUCGAACAAUUGACACUACGGUAUUCGCAGAGCUCAAAAACCUUCGCUACGUAGACCUCUCGAACAACAACAUCGUCCAUAUCCUACCACAAGCUUUCACAAGUCUCCCACUGAUUGAUACCCUACUCCUACACCACAAUGAAAUCGAGCGAAUCGAUAAAGCAGCAUUCCACCGUAUCGCCAGGAUUGAGACAUUGGAUCUGAGCCACAACUUUCUAAAGAACUUCACUUGUGAACAACUCGGUUCUGUUCAGACGAUAUUCAAUCUCAAUCUCGCUCAUAACCGGAUUGCUCAGAUGGAUCUCACAUGUAUUCUGCGAAGUCUCAUUCACUUGGAUCUUGGUCACAACCUCCUCGAAUCGUUCAAGAAGAACAUGAUGGAUGGUGCUGACAAGUUGCAGGAAAUCAUUCUUCGAGGCAAUGGCAUCCUUGAGUUGCAAGCUCAUGCAUUCGGCUGUUGCCCAAGGCUUUCCACUAUCGACUUGUCACAAAACCACCUGCGAACUAUUCACAAGGAGACUUUUUCCGAUCAGGUGAGGGAGAGGUGA